CACCCACCCUCGCCGCCCCUCUUUCUCCCGCGCUGCUGUCGCGCACACCCGCAGUGUCCUUUGUCUGGGCUCGCCUGUCUUACCAUCGUCACCCAUUCGCCGCCAGCUUUUAGUUCAGCCACGCGCCCUUGCCGACAGACAGCUUCACCUUAUUAACACACCCCGCGGUCCCUUCGCUGGGAGCUCGCCGUCAACAUGGACGACUACGAUAAUGGAUACGACGCGACGGGCAUGGACGACUUCGAUGAUGAUGAGGCCAUCAUCACCUCCGAGGACUGCUGGACGGUCAUUUCCGCCUUCUUCGAGACCAAGGGCCUGGUGUCGCAGCAGAUCGAGUCUUACGAUGAGUUUGUCCGGACGACGCUCCCGAACGUGGUUGAGAGCAUGGGUUCCAUCACCCUUGACCACACGCCGUCGGUCGAUGAGGGCGACAUAGACCCGGUCAUCAAGAGGAGAUAUGAGGUCAACUUUGGCUCCGUCAAGAUGGCUCGGCCGUCGCUGACGGACGCCGAUGGUAUCACCAGAGACCUCUACCCGCACGAGGCCCGCUUGCGGAACUUGACCUAUUCUUCGGCCAUGAUCAGCGAGAUGAGCAGCAGAACUUCGGUUGCCCGUGAGCGUCACGUUGGGGCCGGUGAAGACGAUGAGGAAGGUGCGCCGUCAGGUGCGACUGAAUUGGUGUGGCAGAGUGAGACGGCGACAGAUACGGAAAUGGUUUUCUUUGGCAAGCUUCCGGUCAUGCUGAAGUCCUACGUUUGUGGCCUGCGCAAUCUGAGCGACGAGCAACUCUACGCCCACAACGAAUGUCCCUACGACCAGGGUGGUUAUUUUGUCAUCAACGGCUCCGAGAAGGUCCUCAUUGCUCAGGAGCGCAGUGCCGCCAACAUUGUUCAGGUAUUCCGGAAGAAGCAGAGCCCCACUCCUUGGAUUGCUGAAAUACGCAGUGCCGUGGAGAAGGGUUCUCGUCUGCUGUCUUCGUUCACUCUGUCGCUCUGGGAAAAGCCGCAGCUCAUGAAGGAUAACUCGGGUCCGGUUCUGACCGCCGCGCUCCCUUACAUUAAGGACAAGGUCCCUAUCGCUAUCGUCUUCCGUGCGUUGGGCGUAGUUUCCGAUGAAGACAUCUUCAGUCACAUCUGCUUUGACAAGUCGGACAGUCAAUUGUUGGAGCAGAUCCGGCCUAGCAUUGAGGAAGCCUUCUUAGUUCAAGAGAGGAUGGCUGCCCUGGACUACAUCGCCAAGCGUGGUCAAAACAUCGGCGGCACGCAACGGGAGCGUCUGAAGUUUGCUCGCGACAUCAUGCAGAAGGAAUUCUUGCCCCACAUCUCGCAGCAGGAAGGCAGCGAGACCAGGAAAGCCUUUUUCCUGGGCUACAUGAUCCAUCGUUUGAUGCUGUGCUACCUCGGAAGACGCGACGAGGAUGACCGUGACCACUUUGGAAAGAAGCGGCUCGACCUUGCUGGACCUCUUAUGGCCAAUCUUUUCCGGUCUCUAUUCCUGAAGUUGUCCAGGGAUAUCUACGCCUACUUGAAGAAGUGUGUUGAGAGUGGCCGUGCUUUCUCCCUGCAGUCUGCAGUGAAGCAGGGUACGGUCACGAACGGUCUCAAGUACUCGCUCGCCACCGGAAACUGGGGUGACCAGAAGAAGGCCGCCGCAAGCAAGGCUGGAGUGUCUCAGGUGCUGAACAGAUAUACCUACUCAUCCACGUUGUCGCAUCUUCGGCGCACGAACACCCCAAUUGGCCGUGACGGUAAGAUCGCCAAACCUCGCCAGUUGCACAACACCCAUUGGGGGCUGGUCUGCCCGGCCGAGACGCCAGAAGGACAGGCCUGUGGUCUGGUCAAGAACUUGUCACUUAUGUGCAAUGUCACUGUCGGUAGCGACGUCACUCCCAUUGCAGACUUCAUGACCCAGCGGAACAUGGAGCUUCUAGAAGAGUUUGAUCCUGCCGUCACCCCUAAUGCCACCAAGAUUUUCAUCAACGGUGUCUGGGUCGGUGUGCACCGCGACCCCACGCAGCUCGUGUCGGUUGUUCGCAGCCUGCGCAGAGACGGCACCCUGUCUCCGGAAAUGAGUUUGAUCCGAGAUGUCCGUGACCGUGAAUUCAAAAUCUUCACGGAUGCUGGGCGCGUGCAGAGGCCGCUGUUCGUUGUUGAUGACGACCCGAAGAGUCCUAACAAGGGCAACCUUACUCUGAACAGGGAGCACAUCAUCAAACUCGUCAAUGACAGGGAUGUUGAUAUUUCCGGCAUGGAUGACGAGGAACGCGAGACUGCGAGGUUUGGAUGGAACGGACUGCUGCGCUCUGGUGUAGUCGAAUACAUGGAUGCCGAGGAGGAAGAAACGGCCAUGAUCGUCAUGACGCCAGAGGAUCUGGAGGAGCACCACAGAAUCCGGACCGGUCAACCAAAGGAGGAGGAAGAUGACGAGAACUGGGAUCCCCACAAGCGUGUCAAGCCUGAGCCAAGCAAGUCGAUCAAGACCUACACGCACUGUGAGAUCCAUCCCAGUAUGAUCCUCGGUAUCUGUGCUAGUAUCAUUCCGUUCCCCGACCACAACCAGUCUCCCCGUAACACGUAUCAAUCUGCCAUGGGUAAGCAAGCCAUGGGUGUCUGUCUGACCAACUACGAGUUGCGCAUGGAUACCAUGGUCAACACUCUCUACUACCCGCAAAAGCCUCUCGCGACGACCCGGUCUAUGGAGUAUCUCAAGUUCCGUGAGCUGCCUGCCGGACAAAACGCCAUUGUCGCCAUCGCUUGUUACUCUGGUUACAACCAAGAAGAUUCCGUCAUUAUGAACCAGAGCAGUAUCGAUCGUGGCUUGUUCCGUAGUUUGUUCUACCGCUCGUACACCGACCAAGAGAAGAAGGUCGGUAUGGCGCUGGUCGAGCAGUUCGAGAAGCCUAGGCGAAGCGAAGUCAUGAGGCUGAAGCAUGGCACGUACGACAAGCUGGACGAGGACGGCAUUGUCUGCCCCGGUGUACGUGUGUCGGGUGAAGACAUCAUCAUCGGCAAGACCGCGCCCAUUGCGCCGGAUGCCGAAGAGCUUGGCCAAAGGACCAAGUCCCACAGCAAGCGCGAUGUGUCUACUCCCUUGCGUAGCACCGAGAACGGUAUUGUGGACCAGGUCAUUGUCACCACCAACGGUGACAACAUGAAAUUUGUCAAGGUCCGGACGCGUACUACCAAGAUUCCUCAAAUUGGUGACAAGUUCGCCUCUCGUCACGGCCAAAAGGGUACGAUCGGUAUCACCUACCGUAUGGAGGACAUGCCUUUCACGCGCGAGGGUCUCGUCCCUGAUCUCAUCAUCAACCCGCACGCCAUCCCCUCUCGUAUGACCAUUGCUCACUUGAUCGAGUGUCUGCUCUCCAAGGUCGGCGCUCUUCGUGGCUACGAGGGUGAUGCGACCCCCUUCACCGACGUCACCGUCACCAACGUCUCUCAGCUGCUGCGUGAGCACGGCUACCAGAGCCGUGGUUUCGAAGUCAUGUACAACGGCCACACGGGCAAGAAGAUGGUUGCACAAGUCUUCUUAGGCCCGACCUACUAUCAGCGUCUGCGCCACAUGGUCGAUGACAAGAUCCACGCCCGUGCUCGUGGACCAGUGCAGAUUCUGACGCGCCAACCCGUCGAAGGUCGUGCUCGUGAUGGUGGCCUCCGUUUCGGAGAAAUGGAACGUGAUUGCAUGAUUUCCCACGGCGCUAGCGCUUUCUUGAAGGAGAGGCUGUUCGAGGUCUCGGACGCGUACCGCGUGCACAUUUGCGAGAUUUGCGGUCUCAUGACUCCAGUUGCAAACCUCAAGCGCAACCAGUUUGAGUGCCGGCCGUGCAAGAACAAGACCAAGAUUGCGCAGAUCCACAUCCCGUACGCGGCGAAGCUGCUGUUCCAGGAACUGGCCAGCAUGAACAUCGCAACGCGCAUGUACACGAAGCGGAGUGGGUACACCGUGCGGCAAUAAACGUUGGAACAAAAUUGAUAUUACGCGAAAUAGGCGCUCCUAAAAGGGACAUCCGGCUCAACACUCGUAGCUGGUAAUUCCUCCUCAUUUGCCGAUUCAUCAUCUCUCACAUACACGCUUUCCUUUUUAUUUUUCUUCUUUUUCUAAAAAAACCCUACCAAUUUUAUCCAGCUUCUUUCUCCUCGCGCGAAGAUGGGUAUUACCUACUAAUCUUUCGCUUUUCGUUCUGCGCAUAGUGGUGCGCUUUGGUCUACGUUUAUGCCUUGAGCAUCUGCACGGCGUUUAUUGUGUUGGCUUGGGAAGGAGGGGUGCGGGUGCUGCUUUUGAGGGGGGGGGGGG